GCGUCUUUCCAACCCCUCAGAGGUCUUGCCACUAGAUGGCUGAUGACGAUUUAUUCAGCCCCGUUUGACUCGCAACCAGGGAACAUUGCUCUGAAAUCUGUGGAGUGAAAUCAUAGUUGUGGCGCUCUCCUGAGGAAAGAAAUUGACGAGUACAGCUGCGUGCUGGAUGAGCAGCUCCUGGCUGUCAAAUUGAGCAGAUCGCCCAGCUCUGAGCAUCAGGACGGAGCUUGGAGAGAAGAAGAGGGAUGAGGAGGCUUCUUCUGCACAAAAGGCUCACCUACUCCAGGCUUUGACACUGCAGCGGGCUCACAGCACGGCCCUGCACCAGUGACCUCCUUUCUACUCCUGGCAGAAAUAAAGCAUCUUUACUCUCGGACUUGGAAAGUGGAGACUGAGAGACAGACUCAUUAGUUACUAUAACGACAUGGGAAAAGAAGCGUCAAACACUUUGUAAAAUGUUUCCUCAUCACAGAGAAAGAGAGCAGCCAAUCUUUAGCACGCGGGCUCAUGUCUUCCAGAUCGACCCAGCCACCAAGAGGAACUGGAUCCCUGCAAGCAAGCAUGCGGUCUCCGUCUCAUUCUUCUUCGACUCCAAUCGCAAUGUUUACCGCAUCAUCAGCGUGGGCGGCACAAAGGCAAUUAUCAACUGCAUUGUUACACCCAGCAUGACAUUUACGAAGACGUCACAGAAGUUUGGUCAGUGGGCUGACAGCAGAGCCAACACGGUCUACGGUCUAGGUUUCGCUACUGAGCAACAGCUGCACCAGUUCUCAGAGAAGUUCAAAGAAGUAAAAGAUGCCGCUCGUCUGGCACGAGAAAAGUCCCAAGAUAAAGAACUGGCCAACACGGCCCUCAGCAUCGCUGCGCCGCAGGACCUCUCCGACGGCCUCCAGUCCCCUCCGGUCAUGUGUGUGAACGGUCCAGAGGACAAGUUGUUUCGCAGUCAAAGCGCAGACAUCACGCUGUCCUCUGAGAAGGAGCGCAUCAAGAAGAUGCUUUCUGAGGGGUCUAUCUGCGAGAUGAACCUGGAAGCGGAGCUCUUCACGCUGCAAGACAGCAACUCCAAGUUAGUGGCGGCGUUGCACGAGGCUAACGCUAACGUGGCGCAGUGGAAGAAACAGUUGGUAGCGUAUCAAGAGGAGACCGAAAGGCUCAGAGAACAGGUGGCUGACCUUGAAGCCCAUGGCAGUCACGGCCCCAGUGACCUGCUGAAGGAUGAGCUGACUCAGUCUCUGGAAGAGUUGGAGGCGCUAUUGAAGGCCAAAGACGAGGAAAUUCACAUUUUGCAUAGCAAGAAGUCAGACUAUCAUGAGCUGGAGCGUGACAGAGAUCAGGCUAUCCACAGAUUACGGGAAGUGGAGAUGCGCAAUUCCGAGUUGGAGCGCCGUAUCCAGAACACGGAGCAGAACUUGAGCAACUCUCUGGAGGAUCGAGAUCGCUUGGACACUGAGCUCCAGAGGGCCAUCGAAAUUCUAGACAUCAAGAUCUUUGACCUCAAUGACCUCCGCCAGAGCUUGGUUAAACUCAUGGACAAAUAAAAAGUCAAAAUGCAGAAGCAAAAAUAUCCAAGAUGGAGCUGUCGGAAGUUGCACAAGAACCAUCUGGUCUGCAGGACUCGCUGUAUCGGUGUCGGCGGCAUUUUACAUGAGUUUUCUUGUCUGAUAAUGUAGCGCUUUUUGUUGCUUAGCAGGGAAAUAAUUCAAUAACUUCUAGGUAACUGCUUAUGAGUGCACAAUAUUUAUUAAGGACAACGGGUGCUUGUAGUUUUCAUUUAGCAUGACCAUUGGAUUACAAAUGGCAUAUCAUGACUGAUAAGAGGCCUUGUUUUACUGUAUAUAAACUGCCUUGCCAACCAUUCUGUAUACAAUACAAGCACACAUUAACCCUUUAACUCACUGCUUGACCAAUCAGUAGUAAAGCAAAUCUGUUUUAAGGACAGCUCAGCAGUUUGGUAGACCGUUUUUAAAGGAAUGAGCACGCCCGCGACCCUAGUGAGGAAGAAGCGGCUCAGAAAAUGGAUGGAUGGAUGGAUGGAGUUCACAAUAAAAACAAAACAGGUUUUUUGUUAUAUAACUCAAAGGUGUGCUGUUGCACCCAACAUAGAUGAGAUAGAAAGUCAUUAAAAGUAGGUUUUUUUUAAUUUUCUGGUGACCACGCUUGAAACUCAAAACAUUUUUCAAAUCAUCUUUCCCCAUUGAACUGAAUAUCCAUUCAUCCAUCCAUUUUCUGAGCCGCUUCUCCUCACUAGGGUCGCGGGCGUGCUGGAGCCCAUCCCAGCUGUCAUCGGGCAGGAGGCGGGGUACACCCUGAACUGGUUGCCAGCCAAUCGCAGGGCACAUAGGAACAAACAACCAUUCGCACUCACAGUCAUGCCUACGGGCAAUUUAGAGUCUCCAAUUCAUGCAUGUUUUUGGGAUGUGGGAGGAAACCGGAGUACCCGGAGAAAACCCACGCAGGCACGGGGAGAACAUGCAAACUCCACACAGGCGGGGCCGGGGAUUGAACCCAGGUCCUCAGAACUGUGAGGCUGACGCUCUAACCAGUCGGCCACCGUGCCGCUGAACUGAAUAGGAUUCCAUUAAUCCAUUCCAGCCUCCCCCCAGAAAACAAACUUCGUAAAAACACACAGUAAUGACAUCACUACAUAGCAUGUCAACAAUUAUACUGAGUUUGCCACUUUGAUUUUGCUUCAAUAGAUAUUGUGCUGUUCCUUCUGGUGUGCGCGCUUUGGCCACCUGGGGCAAUAUAACAGACUUAAUGUACACGGAGACAGGCUCCGCUCCACAGCAAGCCGCAGUAAUAUUAGUCACUCUUUCCACAGGAUACAAUAGCAAAGAAUAUAUGCCAGUGAGUAUUGUUAUAUUGUCUGUCAACGUGUGUUAUUCCACCAUUUGCGUUCAAAUAUUCGCUGCUGGCUAUAAAUAGGGCGUCAAGGGCGUUUUGCAUUGUAAGCAUCUGCUCAAUGCUGCUUAUUGAAGUGAGUCGAGUUCCCUACCACCAUGUAGUGCUUGCAUCUCAAACUUUUGCUUGCAAGUCAAAGCAAACUAGAACGUCGGGUCACACGUCUCAAAGCACCGCUGUAAUACAAAAUCCAAAAACACAGUGACGCCAAUGUCCCUAAACAUUUUAGUUAUGCAUUUAAAAAAAAAAAAAAAUAUGUAUUAACCAUUAUUAUGCUUAAUUGCAUCAAGUGACAUCUCAGCCAUUUGGCAGAGGCUCAUAUUUGAAAAACUAUUGAUUUUUGUUGUCACGGCCUAUGGAAAUUUAAAUUUUAGUAUUGUUAAUGGUGGUGUAUGUGUCUUUAGCUGUCCAUGCAUUAUGUAGCAGCAAUAAGACGAGUGGUUAAAGUAGAUACAGUAACGUCCUUUAAGGUCAAGUAAGAAAAAAAAAAAAGUCCUAUAGUAUUUAUUACUGUAUUUGGUGAGGCACACACAGAUAAAGUCACCAAAGAUCAAUGUUUAGCAAAAAUGUUAUUUAGGAAUUUCAGCAGCUUGUCUGCCUCUUUUGUGCUAUGACUCAAAUGAAGUACAUAUGAAUAGAAAGAAUAAAACAGAAGUAAAUAACUGUUCUCCAAAUUAUGCAAUGUGUAUUGCUAUAGUGCAGUCAUAAGAUGAAAUUGUUUGGAUUGUGUAUAUGAAUGAUAAACCUGUAAUAGCGUCACAUUAUUGGACCACUGCUGUGAUGCAUUCAAGAACAUGACGGACACUUCAGGCUUGGUCAUUUUUCUGCAUGUUGCCUCCAUCGGGGACAAAGUGGCACACAACAGUCAAUAGAUUGUACGACAGAAUGUAUUUUUCACGAGCCACACAGACUAUUUUUGUUAUUUCAAGCCUUACUGUUCGACUCCUAAGGGUUGUCAUGGCGACUGUUUCGCACACGUUGAGCUGUUGUGAAGCAAAAUAAAAACAAAGAAUACUAACAAA